AUGCCUUUGCCGACAUUACUAGAUGCAGAAAAUAAAGAGCUAUUUAUGAGAGUUUUAAAUUUCUCGUAUCCUUUAACGAUUGAAAAUGUUCAAAAUGAGCAAUGUGGUGUACAACUUUUUAUGCGUUUUCCCACGACGUCUGAUUCGGGUAUCGAGAUUAAUUUUAAGACUGACAUGAUGUAUUUACCCCCGGGUUCCUACACGUUACAGAAACUUCUUGAUACCUUGAACACAUUUGUCGCCGAAUAUGAUGUGAAUUUUACAAUUUUAAAUAAUGCGCGUGUCGGUGUAACGUACAAUAUCGAACGUGAAUAUUGGCAUUCUGACGUAACUGUAAAAAGAAUUUCAACAAAACCACCCCAUCAAAUAUUCAACGUUUUUUCCCAAAAUACCGACGAGGGGGACGAAUUUCAAAUGGUCUUUACUGAAUCAUUGGAAUAUAUGCUAGGUUUGCGAGAAAUAAAGGUUCAUCCGGAUGUUGUUCGAACAAAAGAGGUGCGUUGGGGAACUGCGUUUUAUUUUCCACAACAUAUGCGACUACUAAAUAAAAAUUGGUACCAUUUUAUGAAUAAAACAAAUGCUGGUGGAGAAAAUAAAUUUGCUUGUUCAUUCAUGGGUAAAGCCCUCCCCGAUAUUUCCAAUGGUAUUGAUAAAAUGUUUGUAUAUUGUGAACAAUUGGAAAUGUCUGUUGUUGGCGAUACAUAUGCGCCCUUGUUAGCUAUUAUACCCUUAAACGGUAGCGAUCGGGGUAGUGGUGCAUUGUGUACAUAUACACCGCCGAGUACACGCCGUAGAUUAAUCAAAAGUAAAAUUGAUCAAUUUAAAGUUACAAUCUACGAUACAACGCAUACGCUAAUACCCUUUAGCAGCGGGACUGUGAAUAUCGAGUGUGUUGUGGAAUAA